AUGUCCGGUACGGUUCGACGACGGGUGGUGCCGCAGGGAGAGGUGCGACGACCGCCGCCGCAGGGGAGCAUGUUGCGAUUCUACUCGGACGAAUCGCCCGGGUUGAAGAUCACCCCGGUGGUGGUGUUGGGAAUGUCGGUGUGCUUCAUCGGGUUCGUCACCAUGCUGCACGCGAUCGCGAAGAUCUCGGCGUACACGUCGGGGAAGUGA